AUGGCGUCAACAUCAGAUGUGCACGGUUCUUCUCCUGUGCCAACCCUGCCCCAGCCCAACGACAACGGUCGUUCGCACAUGUCCUCCCUCUCAUCAUCCUCAUCCAUCUCCGACGCCGAAACCGAACGUAGAGGUCGUUCAGAGAGACCUCGCAUGGCCAGUCGGAAACCGAGUGCCUCAAUACUAGUUCCACGGGAUCAUCCUGAAAUCGAAAUCGAGGAAGAAGAAUUCCCCCCUGACGACGCACGCGCCAUGAGUCCUCGACGCAACUCGGCUGAUUUGGAGCGACUGGGCAAGGAAGCCAGGCAAACACUACAAGAACAAGCCAAGGCUCUCCAGUCGUCCCUUCAGGCGCUCGCCGAACGUAUCGAAGCCGUUAAAUCCGACCAUGAUAAACUCGAAAGCGAGAACCGGUUCCUUCAAGAUUACAUCGGUGGAUUAACCCGCAACAUGACCAAGAGCGAAAUGACAAGGAGUAGCACCAAGGUCAAAAAGUCGCAGAAAUAG